GCUUCUCCACCCCCCAGCCCGGGGGGGCUGCACAGCCUGGACCGCGCUCGCUGCCGCAGCGAGCAGGAAACGGAGAGCGGGUUUAAUUUCCAUUUCCUGCUCUCUUACCGAGACUCCCGCACGGUCACACGCAGCCCGGCCCUGCCCAGCCUCGGCAGGCAGGAAGCGAGCUCGGGGCGGACCCUGGGGGGCCAGGAUCUCCGAGCCAACCCAUGCGCCUCCGCAGGCCGGGGCUGCCAGCUCUCCGGGCGCCUCUGCAUACUCCCUUCUUGACCCCGAGUACCCAGGAUGAACACUCAAGAUGGGGAGCAGGGUAACCCGGCUCACUCCCUUUUCGAAACCUUCCUCCAUGCCAGCCACUGCCAGGAGGUGCUGGACAGCUUCCAGGCCUUAUGUGGGCAGCUGGGUCUGGAGCACAAGGGCCAGCUGCCAUUCUACCGUAAGCUCAAGUCCUGCCUUAACGACUGGAGUGCCAAGGACCUGUGGGGCAAGCUGGAUAAGAAGGCUGGACACAAAGACUAUGACCAGGGAAGGGCAUGUGCCAACACCAAGUGCCUGAUCAUCGGGGCAGGCCCCUGCGGGCUCCGCACCGCCAUCGAGCUGGCCUUCCUGGGGGCCCACGUCGUGCUGGUGGAGAAGAGAGACUCCUUCUCCCGCAACAACGUGCUGCACCUCUGGCCUUUCACCAUCCACGACCUGCGGGUGCUGGGCGCCAAGAAGUUUUACGGGCGCUUCUGCACCGGGACCUUGGAUCACAUCAGUAUCCGACAGUUGCAGCUGAUCCUCCUGAAGGUCGCCUUGCUCCUGGGGGUUGAAGUUCAUGUCAACGUGCAGUUUGAGGGGCUCAUCCCCCCCGCAGAGAAGGGAAGCGGACGGGGUGGUGCCUGGAGGGCUGCGCUCCAGCCCAGCUCCUCUCCCGUGGGGCAGUAUGAAUUUGACGUCCUCAUCUCAGCUGGAGGAGGCAAAUUUGUGCCUAAAGGGUUCAAGCGGAAGGAGAUGCGUGGGAAGCUGGCGAUCGGCAUCACCACCAACUUCGUCAACCGCCACAGCCGGGCCGAGGUGGAGGUCGCCGAGAUCAGCGGUGUGGCCCGCAUCUACAACCAGCAGUUCUUCCAGAACCUCUACAACAAAACAGGUAUCGACUUGGAGAACAUUGUCUACUACAAAGACGACACCCACUAUUUUGUCAUGACGGCCAAAAAACAGAGCCUGCUCAGAAAGGGGGUCAUUGUCCAGGACAAAGCGGACAUAGAGAGCUUGCUGUCUGCUGAGAACAUCAGUCAAGAAGCCCUCCUCAGCUAUGCCAAGGAAGCUGCCAACUUCUCCACCAACUACCAGCUGCCUGACUUGGAGUUCGCUCUGAACCACCGGAACUGCCCGGACGUCGACAUGUUUGACUUCACCUGCAUGAACCGCUCGGAGAACGCAGCCCUGGUACGCGAGUGCCACGGGGCCCGGCUGCUCAUCGGGCUGGUGGGAGACUGUCUGGUGGAGCCAUUCUGGCCGCUGGGCACCGGUGUGGCGCGGGGUUUUUUGGCCGCCUUUGACACUGCCUGGAUGGUGAAAAGAUGGGCAGCAGGAACCUCCCCACUGGACCUUCUGGCUGAGAGGGAGAGCAUCUACCAGCAGCUGUCUCAAACGUCCCCCGACAACACCAACAAAAACACCAGCCAGUACAGCAUUGACCCUACUACUCGCUACCGCAACAUCAACCUCCAAGCCAUAAAGCCCAACCAGGUCCGUGACAUGUAUGUGGUGGGGAUGAUCGAGAUCGACCAUAAGAAGAGAAACAGUCGUGAGAGCACAGACGUCGGCAGGGCCUACGAGGAGCUCCUGAGCUGGUGCCAGACCCACACGGCGGGUUACCGCGGCGUCACGGUGACGGACUUCACGCACUCCUGGAAAAGCGGCCUGGCCCUGUGUGCCCUCAUCCACCGCUUCCGGCCCAACCUCCUAGAUUUCAACUCCCUGGACCAGCACAGUCCCAUCAAGAACAACCAGAUGGCCUUGGACAUCGCCGAGCAGGAGCUAGGCAUCCCGCCCGUCCUCUCCAGCACUGAAAUGGCCUCCGUGGCCGAGUCCAACCAGCUCGGACUCAUCACCUACCUGAGCCAGUUCUAUGAAGCCUUCAAGUCUUCUGCAAAACCAGAGGAGAGAGUGGGGAAGCUGCUAGCUCCUCCCAGCACCCGGGGAGCCGUCCUGUUCCUCAGCAAGCUCCAGAAGAGUCUGAGUCUGACUCGCAAGCGCAACCAGGACAGUGCCCAGCAGGACGCCAAGACCAAGAGGACGAGGAGAGAAGCAGGGGUGGAAUCAGGGGUGGGAGGCGACUUGUUCAUCGCUGACCUUGGCCGGGGGACAAACCGCCAGGAGCAGCCUCAACCCACCAAGACCAGCGCUUCCGAUUCCACGCUGGGCAGGCUGCAGAGCUCGCUCACCUCCCCCACGGAGAGCAGUGACGCCUGUUACUUCUGCGGCAAGCGGGUGUACAUCCUGGAGCGGGUCAGCGCCGAGGGGCACUUCUUCCACCGAGGCUGCUUCCAGUGUCAUCAGUGUGGAACCACGCUGCGCCUGGGGGACUUCGCCUUCGACGAGGAUGACGGACACUUCUACUGCAUGCUGCACUAUUCCAGCCCCCGUAGCAUGGAGGUGCCGGACAGCGGGUCCCAGGCUGCACCACAUGAGGACCCCUCCCAGGGCGCCCGAUUCUGCUCUCCCUCCGACACCAGCAGCCUGGGCUUGGCCACUGAGGCGGCAAAGCUGAGAGUGGAUUCUGAUGAGCAGGGCCCUCCUGGGAGCCCGUCCGCCUUCCCGAAACAGCUGGCAGCGGAUCAGCCUUCAGAGCCGUGGGAGGGAGCUGCAGGAGCCGGGGAGGGCGGCGUCCCAGCCAGAGAGGACAGAGGCGCUGGCAUGGCAGACAUGCAGCAACCUGCUGCUCUGCCCUGCACUGUGCUGGCGGAGGAUAUGGGAAGGCCCGUCUCCUCCCAUACGGCAGGCAGGGCCCAGCCUCAGGACCCUGGGGCUGGCCGAGGAGAUGGGGUCAACGGCUGGUCUCAGCAGGAGGAAUGCAGCUCGGGUGCAGCACUGUGGCAACCCACCCCAGGGCCUCCAGAAAAGGGGCCCGCACCCCCCGGCUUCAGGCAGGCCGAGGAGGAGGGGGAAGACACCAGGAAGAGGAAGAAAAUUCAGCUGUCACCCUCGGAAAAGCUCAAGCUGUCCACGCUCAGCCUGGACUCCGAGACAGAGAGCCAGGAGGGUCCUGGGACGCACCGGGCAGGCUCAGAGCCGUUGCGAAGCGCCGUCCCGGCGAAGGACCAGGGUGCUCCAGAAAGAGGGCAGGUCUGCUGGGCUGAGCCCAGAUUCAGCGAGGAGGCCGAAGACAUAGAGGAGACUGACAGUGAUGGUGAAGAGGAGGAGGAAGAGGAGGAGAGCCAAGAUCUUGGAUACUUAACAAAGAAGUGUCUCCUAAGUUUGGGCGAAAAGGAAAAAUAUUCCACCUUGAAGAGAACGCUGACCCGCCGCGCCAAAGAGGCAGAGAUGAAGAGGUUCUGCAAAGCCCAGUCCAUCCAGAGGCGUCUGGAGGAGAUUGAAGUGACGUUCCGGAAGCUGGAGGAGAAGGGGAUAAAGCUGGAGAGAUCACUGCGGGGCGAAGGAGGGACCCAGUCUGAGCUGAAGACCCAGUGGAUGAACCAGUUACUCUCUCUGGUGCAGAAGAAGAACAGUCUGGUUUCCGAGGAGUCGGACCUCAUGAUUGAGGUGCAAGGGCUGAAGCUGGAGGAGAAGCAAUGCCAGCUGGACCAGGAACUGCGGCGGUACAUGAACAUGGAAGAGACGCUGAAGAUGCCCCAGGACAGGCUGGCGGAGAAGGAGAUCCUGGCCCAGCUGCUGGAGGUGGUGAACCAGCGAAACGCCCUGAUCCAUGUGCUGGACGAGAAGCGCCUUAGCGAGCUGAGCGAGGCUUUCCCAGGGUCGGCCUGAUGAGCCGCCGGCCCGAUCCCUGCCACGGACCGCUUCCCCACGUCAGCCUGGCUCCUCGUUCUGCCAGGACACGAUGGGACAUGACGGCCCAAGAGACUGUGCGGGCCUCUCCCCAGCAGUGUGAGAGCUGCUGGCAGGGUCAGGUCACCCUGGGAGAGGUAAGGGGGCAUGUACGGAGGCAGCAUGCCCCUGACACUAUGGCUAAAGCCUCACUGAAGGGGGUGAAUCUGCUGCCUGGAGCGCCAGGCCCCUCUUCCGCCUGCUCUGGCAGAAUGCAAGGACAAGCCCAGUUCUUGGAACGGGGGCUUCUGUUGAUGGGGCUGGGCCCCUAACCCAACAGGCAGGCUUAGCAGGUUCCUCUCUCGUUUUAGUGCUGGAGCGCUGCUCCCCAGACCAAAGGGGAGCAGAUUUGGUUGCGUGGCAGAGUUUGCCUUAGGCUUCAUCUCCAGUAGGGAACAAGGCUGACACCACACCUGGCUUGCAGCAUGUUAGAAAUGCACAAGGCAGCUGUCCCGUUAACCCCGUGUUGCCAGGUGGGGGUAGAGCACUUAGUGUUUUAACCCCGUAGCUGAUGGAUACACGAGACUCCCCAUCAGGGUUUACUCCAGCUGCCUUGCAGCGUGGAUGUUUAAGCCAAGUUAACUAGCCCCUUUUUCCCCAGUGAAGACACAGCCUUGGCUUUAAUGCUUUAUCGGCACGAUUAAGUUAUUCAGGGCAUGAGUUCUCAGGUUCCUUUUAAGCCCAGUCCUCAGGGAGUUGCUGGAUUCCUUUCAGAUCAGUCCUGUUAGAAAUGCUCUUGGUGUCCCCCAAAAUGUUUUCUUCUGCAGCCCAGACAAGGGGGCCUAUCCAGAGCCAACCAAACAGCUACAGGCUGCAGUAUCUGGCGCACAGCGCCUCCUGCUGGUCCCCCUCCCUGCAGAUUCCUGUAACUUCUCCUGCUCCCUGUCGUAUGCAGUGUUGUUGUGGCCAUGUGGGUCCCAGGGUACUAGAGAGACAAGUAGGUGAGCUCUGGGUAAGCUCAAACUUGUCACUCCCUCGCAGAAGUUGGUCCAAUAAAACAUUUUACCUCACCCA